AUGGACGACUUUUCUCCCGACGUAUACCCCGUCCAUGUACUGGAUAAAAUCAAAGCAAACCACUGCUAUGUGGACUGGCUGAUGCAUUUCAACGAUGUCCUUGACGCAGAGAAACUCAACGCUGCGUUAUCAAGACUGCUGGAGAUUGGGGACUGGAAAAAGCUUGGUGGGAGACUGCAAAGAAAGGCAAGUUGUAACAUGCACUCGGCAACUACCGGAGAACGUCAAAUAACAUCCAUCUUGAGCAGAAGGACGGAAGUCUCGAAGUACACGUCUCAGGACCAUCUGCAACAGGGCAGCAAAAUAUUCGAUAUGAACAUCGACGAACACCCGGUCGCUAGUCGUCUCCCGAAAAAAACAGAGUCUCCCUCGAUCCAGACUCUAUCCCCUGAUACCCGACCUUUGAUCGCACGACCAGACUUUCCUACAUUCGAGGAGAUGGUUCGCAAAGGGCUGCCUUCCAUCUCUCUACACAUCACAUCCUUUCGUGAUGCAACACUUGUCGCCCUCAUCUGGCCUCACGUGCUGAUGGAUGCGAUUGGCGCAAAGUCUCUGUUGGAGGCCUGGUCAUCGGUACUAGCUGGUCGAGAAGAAGAUGUUCCUCCAGUACUUGGUGCACGAGAAGAUAUGCUUCGUUCUACAGGAGCCAUGCAUGAAGGUGACACACCCGAAGAAUUCGGACUUGAGAAAUGGCGCCUUAAGGGGAUAAGCAUGAUCAUGUUCCUCCUGCGAUUUGUAUGGAAUAAGUUCUGGAAUCCGCGCCGGGAGCGACGAAUUUUCUUGCUUCCGAAGAGCGAUUUUGGGAAGAUACGCGAGCAAGCUCGAAUGGAUGUUCCUCGAGGCUCGGGGGUAGAUGAGGAACCUUUCAUCAGUGAUAGUGAUAUCCUCACUGCCUGGCUUGCCCGGGCAGUGGCUUCUUCGGAGCCAGGGUCUCGUCCGUUUACGGUAUUGAACCUUAUGAACGCACGGUAUCGGAUCCCAUCUUUGCUCAAAUCGGGUGGUGCUUUUAUUCAGAAUAUGGUAUUGGGAACAUAUUCUUUCUUUUCUUCUCAACUUCCCGAAAAAUCUGUCGGAUCAAUUGCGUUGGAGUAUCGCAAGAAUUUUACUGAGCAGGCUACCCAAGGUCAAACCCUUUGUUUUCUGCGGAGUGUUUUCCGAGACCUGGAAGCAGGCAGAAGCCCGGGACUUUUGUUUGGAGAAUCGAAUGCUGCUCUAGUGGCUUUUAACAACCUGCUCAAGGCUGACUUGAUCCGCAAUGUCGAUUUUAGUCCCGCGGUCAUGUCUCAAGGAGAAGCGACACAGACGAGGGCAAAUCCCCCGGGAUCUAUGGUCUUCUACUACAAUGAGGCUAUUGAUGACUCGUUCAAUGAGUUCAACCUUUUUGUUGUGCUUGGUCAAGACCAUAGGGAUACUUACUGGGUUUUGGGAACGCUUUUGCCUCGGGCCUGGAAAAAAAUUGAAGAAGACUUAGGGAGAAUAUAG